AGUUUUGGAAUGGAAACUAACGACGUGGCAUUAUGGUUGAAAAUGCGGGAUUUCGACAAUAUGCUGACCCUUUUGCAGAGUAAAAUAUAUUAUACAAUGGCCGUUAAAUGGUUUUGUUUCUUGAAAUUCACAUUCGGAUUUAUGGCGCAACUCUUCUUAUGUCAAUAAAGCUCCCUGCGAUGUCCUCCGUUGUCAAUGCAGAUGACAUGAAAAGGCCUAGUUGAGGAAUCUACUUUUAAGAAUUCUCAUUUUUCUGUGCUGACCUCUCAACUGGUGUCGGGAUCCACAAGAUGAUUUACCAUUAUGUGUUGAGCUUUUUUAAAUGUUGACCUCAUUGUAGACUUUUCUGGAUAUAUUUCUUUGAUAAAAUGUUCUUUUCAUGGUGAA